UGGAAAUAUCAUGAAAGUUGUUCAUAUUUAUAUGAAAUGAUUCAUUUUUAUGGAUUUACAAAAAAUCCAGAUACUUUGAAAUAUAUGGCAGUAAUUGAUUAUGCAAACAAAGGUAAUUUAAGAGGAAACUUAACAGGAAUAGUUAAAAAUGGUUGGGGCCAAAAAUUAUACAUGUUGUAUGAAAUUAUUUCUGGACUUAAUACUAUACAUAAACAAAAUCUUAUUCAUUGUGAUUUUCAUGAUGGCAAUAUUUUAAAUCAUAAUGAUGAAGAGAAUAAAGCAGACAAAAUUUAUAUUAGUGAUUUAGGAUUAUGUCAACCUGUAAAAUCAUUUUUGAAAGAGUAUAAGAUUUAUGGUGUUGUACCAUUUAUGGCACCUGAAGUUUUAAGAGGCAAACCUUAUACUCCAGCUAGUGAUAUAUAUAGUUUUUCUAUGAUUAUGUGGGAAUUUACAUCUGGAAUACCACCAUUUAAUAAUAGAGCACAUGAUAUUCAACUUAGCUUAAGUAUUUGUGAAGGUGAACGUCCUGAAAUAAUUGAAAAUACUCCACAAUGCUUUGUAGAUUUGAUGAAAAAAUGUUGGGAUGAAGAUCCAUUAAAAAGGCCAUCUUCUAAAGAAGUGUUCAAUAUUAUUAAAGAAUGGAUUUCUCUUCCAGAUAAUGUGAAA